AUAGAUAUGAUUGAUUAUCUAACGCUCUACAAUUUCACAUGAUAAAACAGAAUUAUGUGACGUGUCUGCAUGACUCAUCCGACACCAAGUACCUAGUCUCUGGUAACCUAUCUACGUCCCUGAAAAUUUUAAUCUACAUAUGAUAAAUUCGCUGAACCUUAGACACAAAUUUAUUUUAGAUAUAAGAUAUUUAAUACGUUUAUGCCAAAAAACGCUAAACAUACGUAAUUUAUUAAUAAUUUUUAACUCACAAAUUCAAGCUUAAAAAUAUGCAAAAAAAAGAAAUGCAAUCAAUAUAAAAGAUAAUAUGAAAAAUAUGAAGAGAAUUAGAAUUAAGAAUUAAGAAAUUAAAAAAUUCGACGUCAUCAGAUCUAUGGAUUUCAAGGAAAUAAUCAAAAGAUGACUAUUGUUCAAUGUAUUAAACAAUAAGAGGCAUGGAACAAUUCCAUGAUAUGAGUGAUGGAAAUAUACAUAUGAGUGAUGUCAUUGAAGUCAUUGAAACUGAUACUAAAUAUAAUGGGAGGGAAGAUCAAAUCCCAAGAGAAAUGAACACAGAACGAUUAUUGCCUUAUGUUGAAAUAAUAGAACAACCGGCAAGCAAAGCUUUACGUUUUCGCUAUGAAUGUGAAGGCAGAUCAGCUGGUAGUAUACCUGGUGUAAACAGUACAUCAGAAAAUAAAACAUUUCCUACUAUAAAAAUAGUUGGAUAUAAAGGUCGAGCUCUAGUUGUAGUAUCAUGUGUAACAAAAGAUCAACCAUACAGACCUCAUCCUCAUAAUCUUGUUGGAAAGGAAGCAUGUAAACAAGGUGUUUGUACAGUAGAAGUUUCAUCAGAGAAUAUGACAGUUACAUUUGCAAAUCUUGGGAUUCAAUGUGUAAAAAAAAAAGAUAUUGAAGAGGCACUUAAAAUAAGAGAAGAAAUUCGUGUAGAUCCCUUUCGAACUGGCUUCGAACACAAAAGACAACCUACUAGUAUUGAUCUCAAUGCAGUGAGAUUAUGCUUUCAAGUUUUUUUAGAAGGAUCACAGAAAAGAAAAUUCAAUGUGCCAUUACAACCAGUAGUAUCUGACCCUAUAUUUGAUAAAAAGGCAAUGUCAGAUCUUGUGAUAUGCAAACUCAGUCAUAGUAACGCAUCAGUCGCUGGUGGUAUGGAAAUGAUUUUAUUAUGUGAAAAGGUUGCAAAAGAAGAUAUACAAGUUAGAUUCUUUGAAGAAAAAGAUGGACAAGUACUUUGGGAAGGAUUUGGUGAUUUUCAACCUGUUCAUGUACAUAAACAAACAGCAAUUGCAUUUAGAACACCGACUUAUCGUAUGCAGCAAGUGGAACAACCAGUGCAAGUAUAUAUUCAACUUAAAAGACCAUCGGAUGGUGCAACAAGCGAACCAUUUCCUUUUUUGAUGUUACCUCUUGGUGCAGGUAGGCCUGCUUUCUGGUCUUUACGGAAAGCAUUUGCCAGGAAGAAAACAGAUUAUACUUCAUUUGGCAAAAUUUUAGCUACUGAACCGACAUUGUUUUCAAACGUUACUCCGAAAUUUCCGCGUAAUAUUGACGAAUAUAAUAAUAAUGAUUUCGACACAAAAAAAUGGAAUAAUAAAAUUUCUGCGUUACGUGCUUUAAAUGAUUUGUACAAUGUGAAAAAUACAUUAGAUUCUUAUAAUGGAAGUAUGGAAAUAAAUCAAAAUAUUGCACAAAAUAUAGAUCAUGCUAAAAACACUAUUAUAGAUUACCGAAAUAAUGAUUUAUCAAUCAAUGAAGAGAAACGAAUUAUAGAAAACGAACAAUUAAAUAGAAUGUACAAAUCUUAUCCCAAUUAUAUAGACAAAGAAACGAAGGAUAUGAAUUUAGAAAUUUCAACUCGUCCUAAAUCUAAUACUGUUGAAAACGCGUGCGUAUUAAAAAAUACAGAAAUAUUUAAAGAUAAAUCUGAUUGGUUCGAUUAUUCUGAAGUAAGUAAAUGGGUACAAAAAGGACAAAUAUGUCUCAAAGAGAAAGAAAAUGAAAUAGAUUUUAAAAUUGAAGUGACAGAAGAUUAUAAUAAGUCUUUCAAUGAUUUAUUAACACAAGUAGCAGAAUUAGAUCAAAUUUAUGCCGAUACACAUGCAAAGUUAGUGCAGGCAGCGUUUGAACAGAAUACAAUCGAUCAAACUAUGGAUAUUGAUGUUUGCGAUAAUCAGACUUAUACUAGUUUACAAAUGGCUAUGAAAAAUCCUAUUGAAUUUACCGAUUUAUCGAACGAGAGAAAAUAUGAAGAUGUGUGUGUACUAAAGACAGAUACUAAUCAAUCUUGUCCUUCUCCGCCAAUGACUACGAAAAGAGAUGGAACGCAGGAAAUAGAAGAAAGAUUACCGCCUUUACCACCAAAACGUAUCCGAAAAAUGCCUUCUAUGCCUCUUUUACCUCGUCCUAUAUCCUGUCAUACUACACCAGAUUCUUUUAUUGAAGCACCAAAUAAAACUUUACCUUCCUUACCUAGUACUUUAACUAAAAACUCGAAACAAGGAUUAUUUUCAAAAUUAUUUGCAAAAAAAGUGAAAAAAGAUAAAGACACAAUUUUAAAUGUACCCAAAGAAACUACUCAAUCUUUGACUACUACAGGAAAUGUUUCAUAUUUGACAACAAACAAUACAUCAAAUAAUUCACAAUUACAAAUUCCAAGAACUAGUGUAGUAAGUACUACUAGCGUAAAAUCACUUAGAUUGGAAGGCGAUGAAACACCACCGUAUGGAAUGGAAUUAACAGAAGCUGAACAUUAUGCCUUAUAUACUGCUAUGGCGCCGCACGCAACUGUUUCUGAAUUUGAUGAAAUGUCUUUCUAUUAUAGUCCUGUGGAAGAUGGAAAGAUUUACUCUGAAAAAAAGGAGACUUAAUGUGUCUUAAUGUGUUUUUAGCCUACUUCCAUUUAAGAGUGAUAUUUUUUUUCAAAUAUUAUAGUAGAAAAAAUGCUGAUGUUAUAGCAAAUAAUUGCUAAUUUUCAGAAACAAAAAGCAUUAUGAUUGAAUGAAAUUAUUUACUUACGAUAAUAUGAAAUUUUUGUAAUUUGAGUGUGUUUGCGUUCAUAAGAUAUAUUUUAUAUUUUUUUCAUUUUUUAAAAAAGGUACAUGUAGCAAUUUUUAUUAUGCUACCUUGAUUAAUAUACUCUGAAACCAAUGCAGUACUAUUUUUUCUAGUCAGAGUACAAAUUGUUAUUUUAUUUCUAUAGUCUUUUAUAUAAAAAGAUAGCUGAAAUAUAAAAUCAGCUGAAACUUGUUAUUUAUCAUCAAAGAGUUUGUGUUUCUUCUAGUCAAAUUUUAUAGUGUUGCUACUUAUUAUACAUAUCUUUAAUCUUGUGCAUUGCUUUUUACUAUUUAUGACACAUUGUUAAGUUUUUAUAUAGUGUUCCAAGUUUAUAGGUAUCACUUUGUUUCUAGUCUUAGAAUAAGCACUUAAUUUAUAGUUAAAAUUAAUUAUUUAUAUUUAAGAUUUUUUAUUUGUUUGUAACUUAUACUUAUUUUGAACCACUGACUUAAUCAUUUGUUCAGAUAUAAUAUUUUUAAAGAUUAAAAAAAAAUUUAGAUCAAAAUUUAUAGGUUUGUUGUCUUCAGAAAAAAUUGAUAUAUUAAUAUUUAAAAGUCAUGUGGUUAAUAUACAAUCAUUUAUAGAUGAUCCUGAUUCAUUAAGGCGAAAGAGACAAAAGAUUAAUAACAGCCAAAACGCGCUAGUUUUGAGACAUGUACAGGCAGAAGCUGAGAAGCGUGAGUAUUUUUUAUCAAAUUGUCUUCAAUUCUACAGCUUUGCCGGGAG